AUGACUACCAAUGAAGAUGUACGUUGGGAGUCUAGACUUACUUACUUCGAACUCAAUGAAGCAUGGUGUUUGGUUGAUUUCUUAAACUGGAGUAUAGCGUACGCAAAUAGUUUCGGAAGUAAACAAGAUGAACACCUUUUAUAUAAAAUUUGUUUAGAGAAAAUUAGUCUCAACCCGCAACUACUAAAGUCUUGUAGCAGUGAACUCGUAAAAAAGCUGGUCUCGAACUGUAUUAAUUCAUUUUCGAAGGAUAUAAAAUCGUCUGAAGUCAAAAAGUUCUGGGACAAUAAUUACCAAGUGUUACAGACUGAUUUUAGUGAAGCACUUUCUAACACUACGCGGAAUACUAUACAAUCUGCCUUGAAACGAAAUUUUAAUGAGGGAGAAAUCAUCAUAGAUGCUGGCAAGAAUCCGUUUUAUGUAUCUGAGCAUGGAAAGGAUCCGAAGAAUGCAACUAAUCAGAAUGGGGAAGAUGGAUUGUCGAAUCAUAAAAAGGCAAAGAAGAAAACGAAAAAUAAUUCAAGGUCUAUGAUCCAGAAAUUGAGAAAUUCAAAUGAAAAUUCUUCCUCGCAAUCGCCUUAUGAAACUGAUGAAGAAAUAAAGUUUGAUUUCAAAAGUGUCGAAACGGAGUUGCUACAGGAAAAAACAAAUGAGUGGGAGGUCGGUAUGAUAAACAUAUCGCAAAAAUUCAAAAAAUAUCAACUAGAAAUACUUGAGAAAGCAAGAUUAACGGCUUAA